UCCAAAAACAUAAACAUAACAUACAAUUCAUGUACUUACCUCCCUCUCUCUCUCUCUUUCUCCUUUCUCUCUAACGAAAAGCUUAUUUAUUAAUUAACUUAAUUAACCUUUUCACAUCUUACAAUGUCCUACGAAGAUAAAUACCCGCUCCAUAAAAGUGUUUUCAUCAAUGAUCUUAAACGAAUUCCCCAAUUUCUUAAACCACGUUACAUAAAUGCCAAAGAUAUUCACGGUAAUACACCUCUUCAUUUAGCUGUAAUGCUUGGCCAUAAGGAGUGUAUUCAAUUGCUCCUCGCCCAUGGAGCACCAGUCAAAGUGAAAAACAGCCAAGGAUGGAGUCCAUUAGCUGAAGCGAUUAGCUAUGGAGAUCGCCAGACAAUUACAUGUUUACUUAGAAAACUGAAGAAACAAUCACGAGAAGCAAUGGAAAUUCGUAGACCUGAUCUUAUUCGUGCUCUCAAUUCAAUCGGCAAUUUUAGUAUGAAACUGAAAUGGGAUUUCCAAAGUUGGGUACCUCUAGUCUCUCGUUAUUUGCCCUCCGAUGUUUGCACGAUACAAAAGAAAGGCUGUAAUAUCCGUUUGGACACAACUCUAGUCGAUUUUAGUGAUAUGAAAUGGGAACGAGGUGAUAUAAGUUUCGUUUUCAUGGGAGACGCAAAACCAUCUCAAUCGUUAACCGUUAUGGAUAAUAAGAUGAAAGUAUAUCAAAGAUUACGAUAUGAAGAAUCGGAAGUUGAAAUAGAAGAUGAAGUUGACAUUUUAAUGUCACAAGAUAUUGUUGCAGCUCAAAUGUCAACUAAAAGUAUAACCUUUACUCGAGCCCAAUCGGGUUGGUUAUUUCGUGAAGAUAAAACGGAAAUGGUUGGCCCUUUUAUGGCCGAUUUUUAUUACAUUGGAGGUUUAUACCUUGAAUCAAGGAAACGACGGGAACAUUUAACAUCAGAAGAUCUUCAAAGGAAUCGAGCAAUUCUUGAAAAUUUUGCUCAUGGAGCAGUAACCGGAUCCAUGGCGGUAGAUCCAUAUCCCGAACCACCGCCAAGAAGAAGGUCACUUCCACCACCAUCUAAAUGUACCGUUACCUGGGAUGAAUAUAUCAACUGUCCAUCAGGUGAACUACCAAAUCUUGGCCGUGAAAUAAAAUGUAAAGGAAGCACCAAAGCAUAUAAAGCAACUCUUGCCAUGGAUGAACAAUUUCCACUUUCUGUUGAAUCGCUUCUCAAUGUCUUAGAAGUCAUCGCACCAUUUAAGCAUUUCAGAAAAUUAAGAGAAUUCGUCCAGAUGAAAUUACCACCAGGAUUUCCCGUUAAAUUAGAUAUUCCAAUUCCACCAUUUGUUACCGCUCGGAUAACAUUCCAAGAUUUUCAGUUCGACGAUAAUCUUGCUGAUGAUCUGUUUGAAGUUCCAAGUGAUUAUGCUGAUGAUCCAAACAGAUUCCCUGAAUUCUGACAGUUAUCCGAUAUCUUCUAUCUUCGUUUUGAACUAGUUGAUCGACCUCCUCAAAAUCACAAUGAACCUAAAACUAAAUCUACCACCAGUAUUGAUAGAAAUACAAAUAAAUCAUCAUCUUCUUCGAUACCAAUUGCAUCAUCGUCAACAGCAACACCAUCAUCAUCAUCAUCAUCGCCUUCAACUUCAUCAAGUUCACAUUUGAAAAGAUUCGCUUUCCUAUCGAAAUUAACGAAACCGUCAUUUUUUUCUCGAAGAUGAAUUGAUAGAUAUUUAGAAAAUGAUACAAAUAUCACCAGAGGAGAACAAAAAAAACAAGAAUUCUAGGAUAGAAGAUAAUCAUGACACAAUAUAAUCUCUCUCUCUCCCUAAUCUUUACCCAGAUUAAUAGUCAAAACAAUUAACCGAUAAAUUAACUUUAUCAAUAUUCAUCAAAUUGGAUCAAAUUUUUCACCAAACAAAAAAACGCAAUUAUCAUGAUAAAUUUUGCUUACUUUCGGCAUCUAGUCAAAUGAUGAGUGUCAAAAAGCAAUCGCCCUUUCGUCAUUUCAUGUUGAUGUCGUAGCCCGAAGCUAUUGAUUAACCAGCUUCCCAGUAAUAAUAAUAAUAAUAACCCAAGAUGGUCAUUUAGUUUUAACUUUCAAAACUUGGCCCAUAAUUAACCUAAAUGAGAAUCUAAACUGCAUUUAUGUUUAUACAUAUUAAUAGUUAAUCGAAUAUAUUUACAGAGAAAAAUCAAUCUUUUAAUUGUCUAAGAUUCUCAAUCGAUGAACAUGAAAUGUUUUUAUAUAUACACCAUGAACUUUUUGGUCUAAUUACAAUUCUUGUAAAAUCAACACCAUGAUGAUCCAUGAAACACCAAAGAGGAUUCAAUGGAAACCAGAAAUAUAACCAUGAAAAAGAAAUCAUCUCUAUUAUUUACACAACCAAAUCGCAAUUUAAAUGUCACUUAUGUUGAAAAAGUUUUUUUCUCACUUGUUUUCAUCGCCCCAAGCAAAACUAAUGUUUCAUUUUCAUCUUUCAUCACUCUGAUCAUAUAAAUAUUCAUAUUCUGUCUCAGUUACACUGGAAAAUGCUCAACAUAUGAACACAUACACUUACACACAUCCAUAAACACCAUCAAUUGAACACUAA